CGGGCCCGCCGCGCAAGAUGGCGGCGGCGGAGGCGGUAGUGCGGCGGUUGUGGCGGCAGGAGCAGGAGCUGCGCUGGCUGGCGGCGGAGGUCGGCUGCCUGAAGGAGAAGGGGGCGCCGCUCUCGGCCGCCAGCUGCAGCCCCGAGGUGCAGCGGCUGAGGGCCGAGAACGAGAAGCUGCGAUACCGCCUCCUGCACCUGCGCCGCAGCCUGGCGGCCGAGCUGGCCAGGGCAGCGCCGGCGGAGCCCCCAGCCGGCGGCGAGAAAGGCUCUAGUGAAAGUCCAACUGUUGAAUUGAAUCAAAAUAAAGAGGAAAAGGAAAAUGAAGUCAGUGGACACAGGAGUGAUCAUGAGCCAAGCUUCAUAGAAGACAGACUGAAGCUUUAUGAAGCACUGAAGAAAGAACAUGAUGCUUUGAUAGCUUACAGAGCAGCCAACCAGAGCAAACCUAUCAAAAUUAUUCUGACAGAUGGAAAGACAGUGGAAGGGGAAUCAUGGAAAACCACACCAUAUCAAUUAGCUGUAGGAAUCAGUCAAGGGUUGGCUUCAAAUGCAGUCAUAGCCAAAGUGAAUGGUGAACUGUGGGACCUGGAUCGUCCACUGGAGGGAAAUUGUACUCUGGAGCUGCUUAUGUUUGAUGAUGAAGAAGCACAAGCUGUUUAUUGGCAUUCAAGUGCUCAUAUUCUUGGAGAGGCCAUGGAAGGUUAUUAUGGGGGCUGCUUGUGCUACGGACCACCAAUUGAGAAUGGAUUUUACUAUGACAUGUACAUUGAAGAUAGAGGUGUAUCCAGUACUGAAUUCCCAGCACUAGAGAACCGCUGCAAAAAUAUCAUAAAAGAGAAACAGGCUUUUGAAAGGCUGGAAGUCAAAAAGGAGAUCCUAUUAGACAUGUUUAAGUAUAACAAGUUUAAGUGUCGUAUACUUAAUGAGAAGGUGAACACACCAACUACCACAAUAUACAGAUGUGGUCCACUGAUUGAUCUCUGCAGGGGUCCACAUGUGAGACACACUGGAAAAAUUAAGGCCCUUAAAAUAUUUAAGAAUUCCUCUACAUAUUGGGAGGGAAAAGCUGACAUGGAAACUCUGCAGAGAAUCUAUGGAAUAUCCUUCCCUGAUAAUAAAAUGAUGAAGGAAUGGGAAAAAUUCCAAGAAGAAGCUAGAAACCGGGAUCAUAGGAAAAUUGGAAAGGACCAAGAACUCUUCUUCUUUCAUGAUUUGAGUCCUGGAAGCUGCUUUUUCCUCCCCAGGGGUGCCUUUCUUUAUAACACACUCACAGAUUUCAUACGAGAGGAAUAUCGUAGGCGUAAUUUUACUGAAGUUGUAUCUCCAAAUAUCUUCAACAGUAAACUCUGGGAAGCUUCUGGGCACUGGCAGCACUACAGUGAAAAUAUGUUCUCUUUUGAGAUAGAGAAGGAAACUUUUGCCCUUAAACCGAUGAACUGUCCAGGACAUUGCUUGAUGUUUGCCCAUCGCCCACGGUCGUGGAGGGAAAUGCCUCUUAGACUUGCAGACUUUGGAGUUCUUCACCGAAAUGAACUCUCUGGGACUUUAAGUGGCUUGACUCGUGUAAGGCGCUUCCAACAAGAUGAUGCUCACAUCUUUUGCACAAUAGAACAGAUUGAAGAGGAAAUUAAGGGCUGUCUUGAUUUCUUGAAGUCAGUUUAUGCUGUCUUUGGCUUUACCUUUCAACUGCAUCUUUCAACAAGACCAGAAAAAUAUCUAGGAGAUUUAGAGAUUUGGGAUCAUGCUGAAAAGCAACUUCAAAACAGCUUGAAUAACUUUGCAGCACCGUGGACGUUGAAUCCAGGAGAUGGAGCAUUUUAUGGUCCUAAGAUUGAUAUUAAAAUUAAAGAUGCUAUUGGCAGAUACCAUCAAUGCGCUACUAUCCAACUUGACUUCCAACUACCCAUUCGAUUUAAUCUUACUUACGUUGGUAAAGAUGGCGACGAUAAGAAAAGACCAGUGAUUAUUCACAGAGCUAUUCUGGGAUCUGUGGAGAGAAUGAUAGCUAUUCUAGCAGAAAAUUAUGGAGGAAAAUGGCCAUUCUGGCUGUCUCCACGGCAGGUCAUGGUUGUGCCUGUGGGACCUACUUCUGAGGAGUAUGCACGGCAGGUGUGCAGUGAGUUUUUUGAAGCAGGAUUUAUGUCAGAUGUGGAUCUAGAUCAGAGCUGCACGUUAAACAAGAAAAUUAGAAAUGCACAGCUGGCUCAAUAUAACUUUAUCUUAGUGGUUGGAGAAAAGGAGAAAGCAAAUAAUGCUGUCAAUGUGAGAACAAGAGACAACAAGGUUCAUGGAGAAAUUUCAGUAUCUUCUGCUAUUGAAAAACUAAAGAAAUUUAAGAAUUCACAUAUUCCAAAUGCAGAAGAAGAAUUCUAAUGUUGCUGUUAGGAAAAAAAAUAUGUAUUAGCUGCCCAUGUGAAAUAGUGUUGCUUUCCUCCUUUGCAGCAGUAAUGCUCAUCUGAAAGAAUUUGCAGCUAAUGGGUGCACAAAACAAGGAAAUGUAGCAAUGUUGGUGCUUGAAGAAUAGCAUGAGAAUACAAAUGCAACUGGUAAUUCUUAACAAUCCUGUGGGACUCCGAUCUGUGGUAGUUGCAGAGGUUUUUCUUAAAAAAAGUCUUACACUUCUGUUAAAAUAUGUUGAUUUGACUGUGUAAAUGAAUCAGAGCUGCACUAAUUCAAGCAACAGGAGGCAGGGAAAUGUACUGGCUGCUGCUACUGCUGCUGAACUGCCUCAGUCACAUAGCAGUUGCCUAACUGAUGUGGCCUGAAAUCCAAAGCUUCACCCGUGGGUUUCAUUUUUUUUUUCUAACUCCAAAUUAUGUCAAAUAUGUAUUUUUGGAGUAGGAGGAAAAUAGCUUCUCUGCUGAAAAUCUCUGCAUCUCUGUUGAAAAUCUCAGUGAAAGAAGGCACUGAAUGAGCUGGUGGGCUGUUUGCUAUAAAUGUGAUUGCCAAGAAUGAAGUUGAAUUAACCACUAUAUCUGUGUGUGCAAAGUGCUUUAUUUUUGCCUGUGUUUGCUGUUUGUUUGGCUCUUUAAAAACAAGCAAAAAAAACCCCACUAAAUUCACCUUUGGAAAACCUUUCUAUGUAAUUUAUUGAUUUGCUUGCUUAGGAUACUGAGUGCUAAAAAGGUAUGGGUGACGUAACGUUCAUUGUUUUUCAUUUUAAGUAUGAUGGAAUAUAAAUUGAUUAUAUUUAUCUGACUUAAUUGUUUAUGCUUAUAAAUGACUUAAAGUUAGUGGUGCAAGCAAUUGAAUCUUUUUUUAGAACUGAGUUUUAACCAUUAUUUUUUUCACUUUCAUAUGCCCUUUCUUAGCAACAAGGCUGAGAUCUUGCUCAGUGUUACUCAGUGAUGUAAAAUAUACAACUGUAGUUAAUGAUUCACAUAUCACUGAAAUGAAACAGGAGGUAGUUUGAUACACAAAUGUCCUACAAAUACAUAUCUACUGUUCCCUUUUGUCUGCCACUUGUGCAGACUUAUGUUCAAUGGGCCUAUUUUUGGCAUGGUGUUAGUCUUGUGAAUCAAUUUUUGCCAACUGAUUAUCACCAAAUUAAAAAAAAAAAUCGAAGGAAGAAGUGCUGGGAAGGCUUUCUGUUCAACUCAUAAUGUGGGGUACUAUUUUUAACAAUAUAUUUUUGUGUGUGAAAUCUCAUGUUUUGUUUACCAUACAUGAAGUAAGAUGUGUUUAGACUCCAGAAUUAAAACCUUCUUUUUUUUAAAAAAGUGAAUUUCUAGGGUUUUCAAAUACAAGACUUCUUAGCACAGAUUUAUUUUUGUGGUAGCCAUCUCAGCUUUCAGAUGAACUGCAGCAAUGGCAGAUGUCACUGAAGGCUGUAAAUUAAAGGAAGUAGUAUAAAUCCGUGCUCUGCAGGGUAACGUAUGUAGAGAAAAGAACAGGUACGUAAAGGAAGGGGAAAGAGAGCAAUGUCCAUAAGAGGUAGUCUGAAGUGCUAACCACCAUCAUGAGGAUCUUGAUGAAUAAAAUUUGAAAAGAUUAUAGUUCUGAAAGAAGAGUUAGUAAAAAAGAAGCUGCUAUUUAUUUUUAUUUUUUUUAAAUAAAAUCUCCCCCUGCUCUGUGAGAGGGGGAGAUGAUGGAUCUGGU